AUGGCGUCCAACUCGAGUAAGGGCUCGUCGCCGUCGCCGUCGCCGUCGCCGUCGUCGUCGCAGUGGUCGCCGCGGCAGAACAAGCUGUUCGAGCGCGCCCUGGCGGUGUACGACGCGGACACCCCGGACCGGUGGCACAACGUGGCGCGCUACAUGGGCGGCACCAAGUCCGUGCAGGAGGUGCGGCACCACUACCAGCAGCUCGUCGAGGACGUCGCGCUGAUCGAGUCUGGCGGCGCGCCGUUCCACUGGUACGCCGCCGCGCCACCGGCGGCGACGGUGCCGAGAGGUUGA